AUGGUCACUACUAUUAGUGAUACUUUCUUUAGGUCUUUGCCUAGUAAGCCUCCUUUGAAGGAAUUGUCUGAUUUGAAUAUCGACAUAAAUGUUACUGUUGCCAAUGGUAACAAACUUGCCAUUUUUGGGUAUAUUGAAAUCACUCUGGCUGUUCCUGAUUUGAAUUUUGAACUUGAUGUUCCAGUACUUGUAGUUCCCGACACUGGCAGUCAUCCGGUGAUUGUGGGCACCAAUAUCAUUAGACGUUGUAAGUCAGCGUCUGUGGCACCCGCCCGUCCAUUGCCUGAUUCUUGGCAAUCAGCCUUUGAUGCCCUAGUCUGUGAACCUAUUACAGUAAAGUCUACUAAUGAGCAUACUGUAGAACUUGGUCCUUAUGAGUCUGUUACCCUUAACGGAAUUGCCAGAGGUCUUAAACAUGAUGUUCAGAAGAUUGUUACUGAGAACAUUUCUCCUGAUAGCCCAUACCUUGUUAGACCCCAUGUUUUGAAGGCCCCUCACCAUGGUAAUUAUGUCAAGGUCCCUGUUAGGUUGUGCAACAUGACUGCCAAACCCGUCCUCAUCCGGCCAAAGUCAGACAUAUGUGUUGUAGACGAGGUCAAGGUCGUUGAUAAUCUUGCUUCUUCACUUCCUCCUUCCUCUUCUUCUAGUCUUGACCCAGUUGACGAUCUUGGUGUCAAAAUCGAUAUCGAUAACUUGUCACCAGAUCAGAUUCUGCGGGUUCGCCAAGUACUUGGUAAUUGGCGUCAUAUCUUUUCUACCGGCCCUACUGAUCUUGGCUGUUCCAAUAUCGUCAAACAUAAGAUAGUUCUUACCAAUGACACGCCCUUUAAACAACCAUACCGCAAGAUUCCACCAGGAAUGUAUGAGGAGGUACGUCAACAUCUUAAAGAUAUGGUUGACUGCGGUGCGAUUCGCGAAAGUGAUAGCCCGUACUCCUCUAAUGUAGUUCUUGUGCGAAAGAAAGACGGCUCAUUGCGUUUUUGUCUGGAUUUCCGUAUGUUGAAUUCCAGGACACGUAAGGACGCCUAUAUGCUGCCAAGGUUCGAUGAUACCGUCGACACUUUGGUAGGUUCCAAGUUCUUCUCCAAACUAGACUUACGCUCAGGUUACUGA